CUCUUUUUUCUUUUAGCUGCCAAACACCCGAACGCUAUCGUCCAGCAGGCGCUCACGUACAUAAGCUCUCGCACAUGCCUUACCUUCACUCAAGAUAAUACGGCAGCAAAUCGAGUACACAUAAUCAGCGGUUCCGGUUGUUGGUCCAGUAUCGGAAUGGUAGGAGGUGUGCAGCAGAUGUCACUGGGAAACGGCUGUGAUCAGGUUGGCCUCACUGCACACGAGUUCAUGCAUGCCCUCGGAUCAUGGCACACGCAUAUGAGAAGAGAAAGUGAUAGGGACGAUCACGUGAUUGUUGACUUAACUUGUGUUGCCGUGAGUAUAUGA